UGCAGGAGCCGAGCAAGGUAGGAUCGAAAAGUUCAUCUCAAAUCUUCUUCGGAAAAAAAUUAUACUAAUACUGUAUUUUAUACUUUAUUUUUACAUUUUUAUAUUUUAAUCUCGUUAAUAAAAAUUCCGACUCACGUAAUUUUCAAUUAUUGCACUUAUCUACACACUUCUUUCAAUCAAUCAACAAGUACAAUUGUACAUCUACCAAACGUUUUUUUUGUCCAAAAAUAAAAUAAAAAGCAACACUUUUAACAUGCGAUUUUUCACUUCUAAUAGUUCAACUACCAACACUAACAGCCGCCAUUCGGAGCUCCGGCGAAUUUUCAAAUGUUCCGAGAUUAUUGUUGUUGUUUAUUUCCGGGUCGGAGCUUCGAUUCUGCUAAUGAAGUUGAUAGGAACCCGGUUUUGUUAGUAACGGGUCUAGCCGGGUCAAUUCUACAUGCUAAGAGUAAGAAAAUGGGCGGUUUUGAGACCCGAGUUUGGGUCCGAAUUCUACUUGCUGAACUUGAGUUCAAAAAAAAAUUAUGGUCCAUUUACAAUCCUAAGACAGGGUAUACAGAGUCAUUGGAUGAUUGCACAGAGAUAGUAGUGCCACAAGAUGAUUAUGGACUAUAUGCAAUUGACAUUUUGGAUCCUUCAGCGAUAGUUAAGUGUAUACACUUGACCGGUGUAUACCAUUUUCAUGAUAUGAUUGAUAUGCUUGUCAAAUGUGGAUAUAAAAAGGGAACUACAUUGUUUGGGUUUGGUUAUGACUUCCGCCAAAGCAAUAGGAUUGACAAGGUAAUGAAUGACCUGAAAGCAAAGUUGGCUGCCGCUUAUAAAGCUUCUGGGGGAAGAAAAGUCGAUAUUAUUUCACAUUCCAUGGGUGGAUUGUUAAUCACAUGUUUCAUUUCUCUUCAUAAUGAUAUAUUUUCCAAGUACGUGAAUAAGUGGAUUUCCAUUGCCACCCCCUUUCAAGGUGCUCCUGGAUGCAUUAAUGAUUCUCUCUUAACUGGAGUGCAGUUCGUUGAAGGAUUAGAAAGCAACUUUUUUGUGUCAAGGUGGACAAUGCAUCAAUUGUUGGUUGAGUGUCCAUCAAUCUAUGAGAUGUUGCCAAAUCCUGACUUCAAGUGGGAAAAGCAACCUGAAAUUUUGGUGUGGCAGAAGAAAUCUAAGGAUGGGAAUACAGUGGUUGAAUUAGAACGUUAUGACUCUAGCACGAGUGUGACUCUCUUUCAGGAAGCGCUGAAGAGCAAUGAGCUCAAUGUACAUGGUAAAACAGUGGCUCUACCUUUCAACUUAACAAUUCUUGAUUGGGCAGCUAGAACUCGCAAAAUUUUAAAUGAUGCUCAAUUACCGAAAGGGAUUCCUUUCUAUAGCAUCUAUGGGACAUCUUUUGAUACCCCUUUUGAUGUUAGCUACGGUACGGAAGCUUCUCCAAUCGAAGACCUAUCGAAUGUCUGCCAUACAUUGCCCCAAUAUUCGUAUGUGGACGGUGAUGGAACUGUUCCAGCUGAGUCAGUAAUGGCUGAUAAUUUUGAAGCAGUCGAAAGAGUAGGAGUGCGGGCUGGUCACAGGGAACUACUAAGAGAUGAGACAGUUUUCGAGCUUAUCAAGAAGUGGCUUGGCGUCACCGACAAAAAGGUGUAUUCCAGGACCUCUAGGGUAAUGGACCUGUAUUCAGCUCAAUAGUUGUAAACAAUGUCUUUUUUCUUCUCAGUUGCAAUAUACAAAAGUACAUUCUUUGAGAAUGUCGAAAAUAGUUCCCUGCAUGAAUCAUCGUUUAUGUAGCUAUGUUAGUAGCAGUAUUUAUUGGGCACUCUAGAUAUUGGAAAUUUGUGCCAACAUUUGUUGUAAUCGCGAUGCGAUAUUUUACCGUGUAUUGCAAAAAUCCAGAGGUUUUAUCGUUCUUUUUUCA